AUGGACCUAGGCAUGGCUUCUGAAGCACGGAGGACAUGGACGGACAGAUGCCCCAUCCAGAAGCAUGUGCCAGAUUAUUUCAAUUCUCUUCACACUAGGGAAUUGGGAAACUCCAGCAGAGCCCUGGGUGAAAUCAAGGCUGAAGUGCUGAUAUUGCUCUCCUUUGUUGGAAACAGCUCUGCACAUGCAGCUGCCAGGUCAACUUGUAGAGCCCAAAGCUUAGAACCCAAGGGAAUGGCCCCUGGCACACAGAGACCCUCAUUCCAGGAGUUGGUGACAUUCAAGGAUGUGAUUGUGGACUUCACCGAGGAGGAGUGGUGCCUCUUGGACCAUUCUCAGAAAAAGCUGUGCAUAGAGGUCAUGCUGGAGAAUAUCCAGAACCUGCUGUCCCUGGAUGGAGAGACCAAGUUUGAAGUAAAUGACAUGCCUAGAAAGCUUGGCCCUUUUGAGGAAGAAUGUAACCUACGAAGAUUCUGUAAUCAGUGUGGAAAGGCUUUCAAACAGAGGUCCUAUCUUGGUGUACAUAAAAAAAUCCACACUGGAGAGAGACCUUAUGAAUGCAGUCAGUGUGGAAAGGCUUUCACAAAGAACUCCACUCUUGUUGCACAUCAGAAAAUCCACACUGGGGAGAGGCCUUAUGAAUGUAAUCAGUGUGGAAAGGCUUUCACACAAAGGGGAAAUCUUGCUGCACAUCAGAAAAUCCACACUACGGAGAAGUCUUAUGGAUGUAGUCAAUGUGGAAAAACUUUCACAGAGAGCUCCCAUCUUGCUGCACAUCAGAGAAUCCACACUGGAGAGAGACCAUAUGAAUGUAAUCAGUGUGGAAAGGCUUUCACACAGAUCUCAAGUCUUACUGCACAUCAGAGAAUCCACACUGGAGAGAAACUUCAUGAGUGUCAUCAGUGUGGAAAAGCUUUCACACAGAGAUCCACUCUUACUGUACAUCAGAAAAUCCACACUGGAGAGAAACCUUAUGUAUGUAAUCAGUGUGGAAAGGCUUUCAAACAGAGGUCCUAUCUAGUUGCACAUCAAAAAAUCCACACUGGAGAGAAACCUUUUGAAUGUAAUCAUUGUGGAAAGGCUUUCACACAAAGGGGCAAUCUUGCUUCACAUCAGAGAAUCCACACUAGGGAGAAGCCUUAUGGAUGUAAUCAGUGUGGAAAGGCUUUCACAGAAAGCUCCCAUCUUACUGCACAUCAGAGAAUCCACACUGGAGAGAAACCUUAUGUAUGUAAUCAAUGUGGAAAGGCUUUCACACACAGGAGCAACCUUACUACACAUCAGAAAAUCCACACUGGGGAGAGGCCUUAUGAAUGUAAUCAGUGUGGAAAGCCUUUCAUACAAAGGGGCAAUCUUGCUGCACAUCAGAAAAUCCACACUAGGGAAAAGGCUUAUGGAUGUAAUCAGUGUGGAAAGGCUUUCACAGACAGCUCCCAUCUUGCUGCACAUCAGAGAAUCCACACUGGAGAGAAACCUUAUGUAUGUAAUCAGUGUGGAAAGGCUUUCACACACAGGUGCAAUCUUACCACACAUCAGAAAAUCCACCAUGGAGAGAAGCCUUAUCAAUGUAAUCAGUGUGGAAAGACUUUCACACAGAACUCCACUCUUGUUGUACAUCAGAAAAUCCACACUGGAGAGAAACCUUAUGUAUGUAAUCAGUGUGGAAAGGCUUUCAAACAGAGGUCCUAUCUAGUUGCACAUCAAAAAAUCCACACUGGAGAGAAACCUUUUGAAUGUAAUCAUUGUGGAAAGGCUUUCACACAAAGGGGCAAUCUUGCUUCACAUCAGAGAAUCCACACUAGGGAGAAGCCUUAUGGAUGUAAUCAGUGUGGAAAGGCUUUCACAGAAAGCUCCCAUCUUACUGCACAUCAGAGAAUCCACACUGGAGAGAAACCCUAUGAAUGUAAUCAAUGUGGAAAGACUUUCACACAGAACUCCACUCUUGCUAAACAUCAGAGAAUCCACACUGGAGAGAAACCCUAUGAAUGCAAUGAAUGUGGAAAGACUUUCACACAGAGCUCCAAUCUUGCUAAACAUCAGAAACUCCAUGGCCGAGAGAAGCCUUAUGGAUAA